AUGGUAACUGAGCCGAGAUGCAGGACUGAUUACCUCUCUUAUUUGCUCACAGGAAACAUGACUCCAAAGCUGCUGGGCUCACGACUUUGGCUCCUGCUGCUGCUAGGGUUCAUGGGAAUGAUUAUCUCUUUUCAGGCCCCACCGUCUAAUUUAACCUGGGCUCAGUGGUUUGAAAUCCAGCACAUACAUAUGGCCCACCCCCGAUGUGAUGAUGCAAUGCGGGUAGUUAACGGUUAUAGAAGGCGAUGCAAAGGCAAAAACACAUUUCUGAAUACAACUUUUGAUGAUGUUGCUCAAGUUUGUGAAACCCCAAACAUAACCUGUCGUAACACCACCAAUACAAAUUGUCAUAAUAGUUCAGUUCAGGUGCCUUUAGUUGACUGUAUCAUCACAAAAUAUGCAUCAAAUUAUGUAAACUGCAAAUACAGAAAUAAAUUCGCAACAAAGUUCUACAUCGUUGCUUGUGCCAACAGAUCUGAACAGGACAAUACCACCUAUCCAAUGGUUCCAGUUCACUUAGAUGGGACAUGUUAGCUCCUGGAUCAGCACUUUGUGACAUGGCUGCUCAUCUGCCAGCUCCCAAGCCCUCUGUCCACCCUGAAUGUCAGCAUCUUUCCUCAAGGAACGAGUCCCCAGCCCCCUUCAAGCUUUGCUG